AUGAUCGGAACAAUUUUACAAGAUCAUUCCAAGUUGGACUCGGAUACAGUUGCUGAGGCUAUAAGGCCAUUGGUCGAGACGGACCUGUCCAUCAAGGUGAAAUCUAUAAUUGCGGAAGUCCAGUCAAGGUACACUUCUAGUCGCUGUUGCACAAGAUGGAAACUAGAACAUUGUGCCUUUGCCUUGGUGGAAGGUGAGACAGUUGAUGUGUGGCACUUCUUUCUUAGGAAUCUGGGAACGUAUGUUGUUAGAAAAGACGGUGUGGGUAUGAUCUCAGACCGGCAUGAGUCAAUACGGGCAGCAGUUAAUCGUUCCAGUGGUGACUGGCAACCUCCAAGAGCAUGGUGGAUAUUUUGUAUAAGACACAUCGGCAGUAACUUCUUAAGGGCAUUCAAAGUCCCUCACUUACAAAAGCUUAUUGUCAACGUAGGGUAUUCAAGAACGGUAGAGGAGUACAAUAUCAACUAUAAGAGGUUGGAAGAGCGAGGCGAGGCAUAUGCCAGGUGGUGCGAUGCCAUCGGACUCAAACAUUGGGUAUUGGCAUUCGACGAGGGACAUCGAUGGGGGCAUAUGACAACGAACCUUGUCGAGUGCAUUAACUCAGUGUUGAAGGGUGCCCGUAAUCUACCUGUGUUGGCGCUUGUCCGAGCAACAUAUUAUAUGUUAAAUGAACUCUUUAUGCGGAAGAGUGCCGAAACUCAUGAACGCAAGCGUGCUGGAUUUACGUACUCUGCAUUUGCGCAACAGCGGAUAGAAGCAAGUAUGCAACAGGUUGGGAAUAUAGUUGUGCGCCGCUUUGAUAGACGAAAUGAGGUGUUUGAGGUGCGCGAAAUGACUACUGGAAAGGUGUUAGUUGUUGAUCUUGCACGACGGACGUGUGACUGUGGGCACUUUCAGGUUGAACGAAUACCAUGUCGCCAUGUUAUUGCUUGCUGUGCUAACCAGCGUCUCGAUUGGCAGUUGUAUGUGCAUGAUAUGUACAAGAUGAUGGAAGUUCGUAAGACGCGAUAUACAAACAAGCAUCUUGUUAAUUUGGAUAUUGCAUCACAAGAAGAAAUAAAGAUUAUAAAAUUGCACUCUAUAUAUAAGAAAUAUGCCCAAACUCCCAAUAAGACAAAUGAUUCAAGAAAAAUAGUUAAUGAUACUCUAGAUGCAGCAGAGACUGAGACACAAGACAAUUGA